ACUUAACACAUGGGCCCCAAUCAAAAAUCUCAGCUGGCGCUCCAAAGCGAAGGAGCUGCGAAGGUCACCAAGUCACCAAAUCGCUCAGGACACCAACGAGAGGAACAAUAACACUGUCACUUCCAAGCUGAUAGCUCUCUCUCCAUCCGCAUAGUUAUAUAGUAGCACCAUGGACCUUUCUCUGCAGUACGACAGCAUCAUCGAUGAUGCCAAUGAUGACGAUGGUGCUGCUACUUUUCCUGUCCAAGAAGAACGAACAACAGUUUCGCUGCGAGGUUUUUCCAACCCGUCGCGCAUGCUAUCGGAUCACCCUCAUGCCGAUGAAACCGGGGUCGUCUUGAUGAUUGUCUUUGCCCUCUUCUGUUUCAUUUGGGCCCCGGUGAUGCUUCGUCGAUGCCGUUACAACCGUCGUCGUCGUCAUCAUCAUGCACACAGCCAUGAGAGUCAUCAGGAUGGCGACUUGGCGCAAUAUGAAGCGGAAGCACGCGCCAUGAGAGCCACAUUGCAGCGAAUGUCGAUGAUGGGAACUUUAUUUGCAGCGGAACGGAGACAACAACAACUCUUGCAGCAUGGAUCCCUCUUUGGUCGUCCUUCCCUGUUCUUUGCCAACAAUAGUAAUACAGCAGCGUCCAGUGAUCCAUUACAGAACCGACGACAAUUCCUAGACAAUGCGCUCUUGACAAAGAAAGUGAUUUUCAAAUCAGAUGCCGACGAACCAAACGAAAAAGAAGAUGAUACUUCAGCAGCUUCCCCAACUUCUAACUCCUCCUCGUCCACAGAGAAAAAGACUCCCAAACGACAAAAGAGCAAUGUUAUUGUCUAUGUCAACAGUGCGAAGAUACAGCAACAGCAACCGAAGGAAACUGACUCGGCUUCCAUCCAACAACAAUCUGCCAAAAGCGACAAAGAAGAUGAGUCGGAAGAACCUGACAAGGAAGAAGAAAAAGACACACCACCAGCAAUAACAAUAACCACAAACAACAACAUUGAAGAAGAUGAAACAUUAGACACCCAGCAGCAGCAACCGCACGAUGAUGCACCGGAACCUUGUUCCAUAUGUCUCGCAGAAUACAACGAUGGUGAUGAUAUUUGUUGGUCACAAAACGACAAUUGCAAUCACUUUUUCCACAAGGAAUGCAUUUCACAAUGGCUCUUGACCCAUGAGGAAUGCCCGUGCUGUCGACAAGACUUUUUGUGUCUGGGUGACAAUCAUGUGCCAGUUGCUCCUACUUCUACUAUUAGUAGUAGUAGUUAUCCCCGAGAAAGCCGGGAUCAUCUCGAUUGGGCGUCGGAAUUGGCCGAAGAAAUCAAUCAACGCAUCUUUCAUCAACAACGACAAUUGAGGGCCGAAUUGGAACUGCGAGAACGGGAAUUGAGAUUGCAGCAAUUGCAACUGGAAUUGGCAACGUCCUUUCCUACACGCAGCAGCAGCCGAAGCAGCCGCAAUGACAAUAGCACCAAUCCUUCGAUACGCACCAUUUCCAUGGAUGAUCUGGCCGCAGGGUUGCUCUUGUAUCGACAUUUUCCCGUUCGUUUUGCCGGUGAUCCAUGGCGCAGUAGUAUGGCACUGCAACAACAGCAGCAUCAACAAAGCCAUGAUGAUGAUGACAAUGACAUUCGCGUGUCGCAGUUUCGAGCGGAACCCUUACAUCAUCAUCGUCAUCGUCACUAUCAUCCGGGGAGUAUUUUUGAAAUGGUGGAACAAUCCUCACGUCGACAUCGACAAAGAGACGAUGCAUCACCGGCCGAGCCACGACAAUCAGCUCGUGAGGAUGGUGCUGAGCAACAACAGCAGGACGACAAUGACGAAGAAGCGGUAGUCACAGUAUCAGCAUAG